UCUCGUUUGUUCCAGACUCCUUGAGCCUCAUCCUCGUAAAAUUGCUGUGCAUGCCAAUUCGAACGGUGUCCACCUAGUGUUGUACAUUACGUCUACAUAGUACUAACGCUCUCUCAAGCCUUUGACGGGAGGUUUGGCAAUGUACAAUGACAAGCCAAUCACAAAGUUGUGUUCGUUCAGCAGCACGGGGGCGGGGCAACCCAGCUGGUCUAUAUAGCUCUUUGCGGUGUGACAUAGGUCAGAACUCAGGGCAGUACAUUAGAUGUUACUCCGGUUAUAUCACUCCUCAAUCGUAGCUGAGGCCUCCGAGCACAAUCGUGAGGGUAUUGGUUCGUGUGGAUUGAAUCCCGAGAUCUCGAUCGCUUUUGACUCUUGGGUGGAAUCCUUAUCUCUUGGCUCCUGGAAAUAAGUUACUGCUAUGGGCUUGUUUGUGAAUGAACAUGUGCAUGAUGAAAGCAAACAACUGUUGUAUGUGGAUGCAAUGCACUUGCUUUGCAUGAAGACAUAAUACGCAUAUGGGAAUAUAUUCCCACGGAUCCCAGACGCUCAUGCCCACGUAUAACUUCAGUGUCGUCGAAGUAGGACGACAUUCAAUCUUGGUUUUCUCCUCUACCUUAAUUUCAUUGGCAACGGAGUCUCUCUAAGAGCUCUUUUGCCCGGUAUAUCGUCUUAGGCUCAGUGCUCUUCGGACACCCGUAACUUCUCAUUCAUCAUGGCCCUUUCCGCUGCAGACCUCCAGAGGAGGCAUGAGCUCGAGGGUGCUCCGGACCCUUUCCCUUCUCUGGUAGACUCAAAUCCCGCGGCACCUGCACCUUCAAAUGGCCAUAUCGACACUGACUCCGCUGAGGCUUUCCCAUCUUUGGCACCUGCGCCUGCUGCAGUCUCUAAGACUCCCUCCUCCGGUUGGGGUGCUGCUCCACCUCGCAUCAGGGCUACCGUUUCAAAGCAGCCAUUGAUCUCCGAGUCUUUCACUAUUCCUGCCGUCGAUCUCUCCACCGCAGGCAAGGAUGGCAAACCCACGUCUCUCGGUGAAGUUAUGAGACAGGUCAUCGCUCAGUACAAGGUCAAGAUCGAGGCAUCUACUAACCAGAAGUCCCGUCAAACCACUUUCUUCCUCAAGUCUGAGUCUCAGAAGGAACUUGACAAGGCUAAAAGGACUUUGUUGGCUUUGCUUAGUCCCACUAUUACUUUGGUACUCCCCGCUCCGGCUUCCACCAUUCCUACCAUUAUUGGUCCCAAAGGAUCUACGAUCAAACAAAUCCGUGACCAGACCGGUGUGAAGAUUGACGUUCCCCCCAAGGAAGCCCUUCAGACAAACGGGCACGCCAAUGGCGCUUCUGCUGACCCUUCUCGCACUGCGACACCUCUCCCGGUUGGUAAUGAUGACGAGGACGAGCCCACGAUCCCCAUUACUAUUAUCGGUCCCCAACCGUUGGCUUAUGAGGCUCAGGCUCUUUUGAACGAGAUCAUUGCAUCCAAGAGAUCCCGCACUACCCAACGCGUCCGUGACAUCCCUACUCAUAUUCUUCCUUUCAUUGUUCCCCGUCGCAGCAAAUUCCAAGAGGCCGCAGCCGGUUCCGAUGUGUCACUUACUUUGAAUCAGACGGCCCGGGAGAUCACUGUGAGCGGCGAACGUGAAGGUGUCGUGCGUGUUGUGGAUUCCAUCAAGUCUGCAGUGGAAUACUUUACCAACGAGGUUACGUCACUUACGAUGACUCUCCCUAAGAGACAGCACAGGCUUCUUACCGGUAAGGGUGCAGAGGAGAUUAUGGCUAAGAGCAAAUGCGCAGUUAUUGUCGCUAAGCUUGAAGAGCCCGGCGAUGAGAUAACGGUUUACGGACGAGCCGCUGAUCUUCCAGCUGGUUUGGGUGCCGUCAUGGAGAAGGCCAACUCUGCUUACAUUCACGAGUUCCCUCUUCCUGGCCCCAUCAAUGUCUCCCGGCAGCUUCUCACUUACAUGAAUCGUGUUGGAUACCCCAAGACACUUAGCGCGGCUCACCCUGGUAUUUCGGUCUAUACCCCUCACCCCGCCACGGUUGCGAAAGCUCAGGUUUUGAACGUUGACAUUGUUGGUGACAAACCCGCAGUUGACGCUGCUGUGAGCGAGGUCUCAGCCUUGAUCGGCAAGCUAUAUGGCGCAACGAAGGAGGUUGCCAUUGACUGGCUCGUUCACCGAAUCGUUAACUCAAACAAGAAUGCGAAAAAGAUCAAGGGCUUCCAUGACGCGCACAACGUCUUGGUUUUCUUCCCUCCUGAGUCUGAGGAACAGUCCUCUGUCCUUCUCGUCUAUGAUCCUUUUUCUCCUUCUGCCUCUCCUUCCCCCGUUGACAAGUCCAAGAGUCUCGAGGACGUAGAGAAAGAAAUCUUGAAGCUGGCGAAAGAUGCUGCCGAUGUCAAAACCUCUACCGUUCCUGUCGAUAAGAAGUGGCAUGAAUUCGUCGUCGGAAAAGAUGGCACUACUCUUAACGCAAUCAUUGGUGAAGACAAGACUUUGUCCGUCAAGGUCGGUGCCGAGGCUGGUGAUGCAUCUACCGAAGACAUCAUUCUGGUUCGCGGUAUCAGUCAAGACGUGGACCGCGCCGUCAAGGAAAUCCAGAAGAUCGUCGAGGAUGCCAAGAACGACGAGAUCGUCAGCAGCUACGUCACCGAGUUCGAGAUCGACCGUGAAUUCGUUGGACGUAUUGUUGGUGCUCAAGGUGCUGGCGUCAACAAGCUCCGUGACCUCCUUGGUGUCAAGAUCGACUUCUCUACUGAUCCUGACGAGAAGGAGGAGAAGACUAGCAAGAAGAAGAAGGCCGUUCACCAGAAGGCCAAGGUCAAGAUUGUUGGUCGCAAGGAAAACGUUGAAGAAGCCAAGAAGCGCAUCAUAACCCAGGCUGAUAGGCUUGCCGAUGAGACUUCGGAAGUCCUGAAGAUUCCUCACCAAUAUCAUUCGGGACUGAUUGGCCAGAGUGGCAAGUACGUUAUCCGCCUCGAGGAGAAAUACGGUGUCAAGAUUACCUUCCCUCGCGAGUCUGCGGAGAACGGUGAGGGCAAGACUAGGGAAUCCAUUAAGCCCGACGAGGUCCUCAUCAAGGGAGGAAAGAAGGGUGUUGCUGGUGCUAAGUCGGAGCUCCUCGACGCUGUCGAUUUCGAGAAGGAAUCCAACAAUGUCAUCAAGUUCACUGUCCCUACUCGCUCAGUCGCUCGCAUCCUCGGCAGGUCUGGUGCUACUAUCAAUGAGAUCAAGGACAACACUGGCGCACAAAUUGAUGUUGACAAGGCUUCUGAGGACUCUUCCGUUACUAACAUCGCCGUUCGUGGUACCAAGGCUGCCAUUGCCGAAGCUAAGGCCGCCAUCCUCUCUAUUUCCAACCAGGUUACCGAGGAAACUACCGACUCUGUCCAUGUGGAGAGCAGGUUCCACCGUACUUUGAUUGGUGCUGGUGGCCAAGGCUUGCGGGACCUUAUAGCUCGCAGCGGCGGUCCUACUGACCCCAAGGUUCAAGCUGGCCUCAUCCGAUUCCCUCGUCAAGGUGAACCCUCCGACGAGGUUCGCCUUCGUGGUGAUCCCAAGGUGGUAGCCCGAUUGAAGGCGGAGUUAGAGAAGACCGUUGCUGGACUCAGAGACCGGGUCGUUCUCGGUGUCGAGAUUCCAGCCGCACAGCAUCGUGUCUUCAUCGGUCGUGGUGGUCAACACUUGAAUGACCUUCAGGCCAAGACUGGAGCUCAGAUCCAGUUCCCUGGUUCUCGUUCGUAUCAAUCUGUGGGGGAGCCCGAGAACGCUACGGAUUUGGCUGACGUUGAGCCUGCAAACCUCGUCAAGGUGUCUGGUCCUCGUGCGGCUUGUGAAAAAGCAGUUGAGGAGCUUAAGAGUCAAGUCAAGCCUCCUCAAGCUGAGAUUGUUGGUAGCCUCACGGUUCCUCUUAAGUACCACUACGCCGUCACUCAGCAGGGUAAUCUCUUCCGUACCUUGCGCUCAUUCGGUGUCCACGUGGAACAGUCAAAGCUACCCCAGAAGCCGGCCGUUCCACCCACUCCUGCUCCUCAGUCUGACUCGUCCGCUCGUAUUGACGACGCCGACGACUCCGCGCCUGCCGUGGAGGCUCAAUGGCAGGUCGUUCCGAACUACCAGGAUGCUGAGGCAGGCGAAUCCGAGUGGACUUUUAAGGCUCGCGAUCAGGCUAGUCUUGACAGGGCUAUCAAGUUGGUCCAGGAUGCAGUCGAGCACGCCGAGAAGAUGACGCAUGUUGGAUUCUUGACUCUUCCUGACCGUUCCUCAUUCCCUCGGAUUGUUGGCUCCAAAGGAGCGAACGUUGCUCGCCUUCGCGCCGAGAGUGGUGCCGAUAUUACUGUCAGUCGCGAAGACAGCACUGUCGUCAUCGUUGGUUCUGAGUCUGCUAUCGAGGCUGCCAAGAAUGCCAUUCUCAAAAUGUCCUCCUCCCGCCCUCGCGGUCGUCGUGACGCCUAGUUUCUUUGUUAUUCAUCGUUUUGCUUUUUUUGCACUGUAAGGGUAGGAUUGGGAUUACAUAGCUAACCGCGAACAAUUGAUACCUCAUUGCAUGACCUAAUGGUGCAGAAGAUGUGAUAACCACUAAUACAAUACACAAGAAAUAGAAUGAUAGCGAUAGCAGAGCAUGAAUGGAAUGAGGGAAAUGUAUCGAUACAUGUACAUGAAAUAAUUAGACGUCAACGGGAGCUCCAUCAAGAUCAUUGUCCAUGGGCUCUCCAUCAACAUCUUCAUCUGCUAUGGGUUGACCAUCGAGGUCCUCCAUAGGCUCGCCGUCCAGGUCAUUGAGGGGUUCACCGUCCACAUCAGCAGGGAGUGGUUCCCCAUCAACAUCGUCCACAGGCAUGCCAUCUAUAUCGCUUCCCUCAUCCAUGGGCUCGCCUUCGUCCUCG